AUGGACACUCAAAAUCUGAUUCUACAUUUCAUUCUUCUGAUUUUCAUUUUCAUUCCCUUUUCAUUCUCUUCUUUCAUUCCUUUAGAUGACUAUCUUCUCAACUGUGGAUCAAAUACCAAUGUUACUCUUUUCAACAGGCUUUUCAUAGGUGAUGAUGAUUUCACCAACAAAGGUUCAAUUUUGAUAUCUUCAGACAAAUCAGUUUCCUUAACCAACCAAAACCCUCCUCCAAAUUUGUCUACUUUGUAUCAUACUGCAAGAGUUUUCAACAAAAUGGGAAGUUACAGAUUCAUCUUGAAGCAAAAUGGUACCUUCUUUGUUCGUUUUCAUUUCUCAUCUUUUAAGGCUCAUGGUUUUGAUCUUAAAGUUGCAAACUUUAGUGUUUUGGUUGGUGGGAAAUUGAUUUUGAAUAGUUUCAAUCCUAAGGAUAGUGCUAAUGAUGCAAUUAUUAAAGAGUUUAUUUUGAAAGUGGAAUCAAGUUUGCUUGAAAUUGUGUUUAUACCUGUUAGUGAUUCUGGUUUUGGCUUUGUCAAUGGUGUUGAAGUGUUAUCUGCUCCUGAAGAUUUUGUUGUAGAUUAUGGAGCUAGGUUUGUUGGUUCUUUUGGUAUUAGGGAAUACAAGAAUCUUACUUACGAUGUUUUAGAAACGAUUCAUAGGAUUAAUGUUGGAGGUGUGAAAUUAACUCCUUUUAAUGAUACCCUUUGGAGGACAUGGAUUCCUGAUAGUGAAUUUCUGGUUUUUAAGGAAGCAGCUAAGGCUGUAGUGAGCACUCACACACCGGAUUAUCAGAAAGGAGGCGCGACUCAGGAGAUUGCGCCCGAUAGUGUUUAUAUGACUGCUCAGGAAAUGAAUAGGGAUAAUCAAUCCAUUUUAGCUUCACAAUUCAACAUAACAUGGAAUUUUCAAGUGGAUUCUGUUGGUGUUCGACACUUGGUUCGGUUGCAUUUUUGCGAUAUUGUUAGUCCUUCUCUUAAUUUGCUGUACUUUGAUGUGUAUAUUAAUAGAUAUUCGGCGUAUAAGGAUGUAGAUUUGUCGUCACUUACUUUCCAUAUGCUUGCGUCUCCGGUUUAUGUCGAUUUCGUUGUUGAUUCUGAUGACUCGGGUGUUAUUCAAAUAAGUGUUGGCCCUUCUAGUCUUAGUAGUUCGAUGAGGACAAAUGCGAUACUUAAUGGCGCCGAGAUUAUGAAGGUUGUGAAUGUUAUGGAUUCAAGUUCACAUGUUGCUCGUAGGAAGAAAAGGUUGUCGGAGGUGUUGGUUGGUUCAAUUGUUGGAGGAGUUAUUGUUUUACUUUUAGUUAUAGCUGUUUUUCUAGUUUGUCGCGGAUGCAGGAAGAAGAAACCGAAACUAAGGAUAGUUGAAAGUGUUGGAUGGACGCCUUUACGCAUGUUUGGAGGGAGUUCACUUAGCAGAAUGUCGGAAGGGACAGCUUAUCAGUCUCCCGGUUCAUACGGACAUUUCGGCUUGAAAGUUGCUUUUGUUGAUAUACAAUUAGCAACUAACAAUUUCGACGAAAGCCUAGUUAUAGGAUUGGGUGGAUUCGGUAUGGUUUACAAAGGUGUUCUAAGAGACAAUUUGAAGGUUGCUGUCAAAAGAGGCAUGCCAGGAUCAAGACAAGGUCUACCUGAAUUCCAAAGUGAAAUAACAAUUUUAUCCAAUAUUCGACAUCGCCAUCUUGUUUCUCUAGUUGGAUUUUGCGAAGAGAAUUCAGAAAUGAUACUGGUCUAUGAGUAUGUCGAAAGAGGGCCACUCAAAGAUCAUCUAUAUGGUUCAGAAGGACUCCUUCAACCUUUGUCGUGGAAGAAGCGUCUCGAGAUAUGCAUCGGUGCUGCUCGAGGUCUACACUAUCUUCACACAGGUUUCACACAAGGAAUCAUCCACCGUGACAUUAAAUCGACCAACAUUUUACUUGACGAAAACUAUGUUGCUAAGGUUGCUGAUUUCGGUCUUUCGAGAUCAGGACCUUGUAUCGAUGAAACACACGUGAGUACUAAUGUGAAAGGUAGUUUCGGUUAUCUUGAUCCAGAGUAUUUUCGAAGGCAACAACUUACAGAUAAAUCAGAUGUUUAUUCAUUCGGCGUUGUUCUUUUCGAGGUUCUUUGUGUUAGGCCUGCUGUUGAUCCACAACUUGACAGAGAACAAGUGAAUUUAGCAGAAUGGGCUCUUCGAUGGCAGAAGAAGGGCAUGUUGGGCCAUAUUAUUGAUCCUUAUCUUGUUGGUAAGAUCAAAGAAAGCUCAUUGAAGAAAUUUUCUGAAACCGCGGAGAAAUGUUUGGCCGAAUACGGCAUUGAUAGGCCGUCUAUGGGUGAUGUGUUAUGGAACUUGGAGUAUUCACUUCAACUUCAAGAAAGUGAUCAAGAAGUGAAUGUCACAUAUGCUGAUAGCAUUGCUGAUUCAGAAGUGAAUGUUACAUCUUCUAUAAUUCCUAGGAAUCCUCCUAGCAGCAUAAGAUUAGAGGAAGAUUAUGGUAACAAUUAUUCUGAUGUAAGUAAUGUAAGUACUACCAAAAAAUUUUCUCAUGACUAG